AUGAUCAAAGAGGGCGGAGUGUUUGAUGAGAAUGUCACUAUUAAUAGUGCUGAACAGACAGUGACUUUUUACGUACCCUCACGAGAAGGCGCUGUUAAAGCCAAUGUUGUCCACGAUUUUCGCAAGGUAAACGUCGCUUUCGCAGUGCCAUAGUGUUAUUUUUUCUUUUCUACACUGAUCAAACUUAUUCACUGAGAAUAUGUGAGUGUGAGUAUUGUAUGUGAAUAAUAUCUAAGCCAGUGGCUAUGUCCAAACGUGAAAUGUUUUAUAUAUACAGUAAUAAAAUAAACUGAAGGAAUUUAUUUACCUUUACCCUUUUAUAAAGCCUACAUGAUAUCAAGUGCGUUAUGAGCCAAGCGGAUGAACGGGGAAUUUAAUUUUACCCCCUUGUUCCCAAGUUAGGAACCGGUCCCUCAACCCGUUCCCGGCCGCCCUUGGGUGAUUUUCCGCUGGUCCCCUACCGUUUAUGCCCUGAGCGAAGCCCUGCUUCGUCUCUGUGAAAUGUUAAAAUAUGGAACAUCAACGUGCCUUUUUACACAAGAUGUCAACUCCUUUACCCAUUCUCUUUAUUUAUAGAACUUGGAGAUAAUCAGUUUGCCGGAGAAGAAAGUUUGUUUCGUAUCACAGCUUAACAGCGACUUUCCACGACCUGUAGAACUGAUUGACUCUUUCAGAAAGGUACGUUAUAUGGACUUAAAUUGCCUUCUGAUUAGCCUGAGAUGCAGCCGACAUUUGGCGACGCCACCAUAGGCCUAGAUACAAAUAUCCAGAUAUUUUUAAGAUAUUUAGAAGAUUUUGAGAUAUUUAGAAAAUCUCAUGAUAUUUAGGGAAAAAAGUGUGAUAUUUAGAAUUUUGUUACGAAAAAUGCACUGAAAUCAUGUUUUUUUUUUCUAGGAAGCUACUUCAAUACUAAUUAGGGCAUGGGGCAUUUCAGUGACAGAAAUUCAAACAAAUCUCCACAUAUGUAGCCUGAUAUCAGGCUCAAUUUUCCUUUAGCUUUCUAAAUAACAUUCCGGCGGGCAAGGCGAAACGAAAAGAGAGCCUGAUAGAAACCUUCUACGAAACGUCGGCCGCCCACUAUUUUUAUUGAUUGACAUUUGCCGAAUCAACCACCCAAAACCACUUGGUGCUUGUUUUUUAGUAUGCAAAUUUUCAACCACCCGAAACCACUUGUUGCAUGUUUUUUAGUAUGCAGAUUUUUCAUACGUGGGAAGAAAAUGUAGACUCACUGACUUAAAAAAUAGCUUUUGUCUUUUAUUUCAACAAUAAAACAGUCGCCACAAUCACAUUUAACUUCUUGUGAGAUUCCCUGAGGAGAUCUUGAAGCUUAUUCUAUUGUCGUAGAAGGUAAAAGGUUUUCGAAAAGACGGUGACACGAUGUUCUAGUUUAAAUAUUUUGGCUAAGCGUGCUCGAUUUUUAAAUUUUUAAAAGACUGAAAUUUCCAUUUUUCCAAUGCUUUCAUAUUUUCCUCGACAAUUUUCCCCGAUUUUCAGUGGAUAAUUCUUUUAAACUCUCGGAGGAACAUAUCUUCACUUUUUCAAAGGAAAAAUAUAUUAUCUCAGAACAAACCAAACGAGUGCUCAAGUGCAUUUAAUUUAGUCCCGUGAAUACACUUUGCAAUUUGCGAAUUUAAUUGAAACAUUUACUGUCUAAAAGCAUAUUUCUUUAUAAGUCUAGGUAUUAAAAAUAUUAUCUGCCACUUUGUUGGAAAGUCGUAACGGUACUACUAAUGACUGCAUGCUCAACUGAGCUGAAACAAAAUGAAAAACAAUAUUACAAACACACUUUGUAGUUUUCCUUUGUUGUGUUGCCUCCGCUUGCAUACCCGUGCAGAGAAGUCAUUCCCGGCAAAACUUUCAAAUGAACCUAGUUUUAAGAUGGACAGUAUUUUGAUUUGGACUCGUUUGUUGGUAAAUCAGAAGGCACAUUGUUCGCGGUCAACAACUUGCAGAGAGAUUCAUCUCUACGAUACACUCACAUUAGUUCCGUCAAUUAAUAAAGCAAAUCCUGAGAAGAUAUGAACAACCACCUGAAUUUCCAGGGCACAUAUUAAGGCAGAUUUUCCUACUAUAAGACCAUAAAUCAAUAAAAAAGACAGCAAAAUCGAUCCUUCUCUCCGCCGACGGCUGAAACAACUACGCGAGGAAUAAGGGCUUUCAACUUCCCUUGAUUCCAACAGCCAAUCAGAUCUUGUGGCAUUGUUCUAACAGCAAAUCAGCGUUGCGGCCAAAAUCUGGCCGCAGUGAGCACAAACUUGUGAGAGUUUGUAUUAGGCCCAACUUUUAGCGGUAGCCGUUAGAGAGAAUGUAUGAGAACCGCUAAAAUUGGGCUUAAUCUCAGGUUACCACACAUGGGUCUGUUGUCAUCAGAUCCAGCAAUACUCUCCAUUCAUAUUAUAUGCCAUAUGGCUAAUGUUCAACAAAAUGGCUGAUGACUUACCCUCUGAGCCACGCACAAACCAAACAGUAGUGUCCCUUUUAGACCACCUUAGACCUCCAGCACCUCAUGGUCUUUCACGAACUCUGCCUGAAUUAAAGUACAGUGCCCUAGUCUUCUUUGAGGCUGAAGGGCACUGUAAAUAAGGUUGACUUUAUGUGAAAUUGUUUUAGAGUUUGUUGUAUGCUGUACAAGAAUGUAAUUUCCUGAGAUUUACUGAAAUUUGUGUUGCCAUUUUAGAUGACAGGCUAUAUUGUUGUGUUUUUACUGUAAUAUUUAUGACAUGAAGCCAGAUAUUUUUGAGAUAUUUAGAACUUUUUCGAGAUAUUUGGAAAAAAAUUUCGAGAUUUUUAGAAAAAAAUCGGGAAUUUCCGGAAACAUAUUUAGGCGAUUUAUCGUGGUUUUUGUAUCUAGGCCUACGCCACCACUGGUUUCCUCACGAAAUAACGUCUGAGAAACGAGCGCAGAAGUGCGUCUGAGUAUGGGUAGUGUGUCUGAUUGAUCGUACUGCGUGGAAAAUUUGCUUCAACCUGUCAGAAGCACUACCCACAUCUGGGAAGUGACGCGUCAUCAGUGUGGAAUUUCUGCGCUCGUUUGUCAGAGGUCGCAGGGAAACCAGUGACGGCGUCGUUUGAUUAAUGUCGGUUGUUUUUCUCACGAUACCUUAUGAUGCAAUGGCAAAAGCAUUACAACCGUAAAGAUUCGUUAUUUGGAGACUAGCAUAAAUAAAAAGCAUAUUCUUACAAUUCCUAGGCAGCCCGCAACAAAACAAGUCUUUCUUUUUUGCUGAGGACAAAAUCCGCUAUGGAGAUAAAAGAAGUACCAGAUGACCUUUCUAGUCCUCAUCGUGCCGCCUUGGAAAAUAUGUGUCAGGAUUUCCUGAACUAUCGAGCAGAACCCGUAAGCCAAGAUUCAAAUUCUGCUACCACGCCCCUAUCGCCAGAAAAAGGCAAGUGUUCAUCAUUCAGUCAACAAACCAACCAACCAAUCAAUUAAUCAAUCAUUUAAUAUACUGAAGAGUGGCCUGCAGAACGAGAGUUUUUUAGGCGAGCGAAGGCAAGCGCAACAAAGGCGUGAAGCGCGAAACACGCGACAGGUGGAAGGCUCGGAAGAAGGAGAUUCGCGCCUUCCCCUGUCGCGAGUGUCUCGCGCUCCACGCCUAUCUCGUGCUAGCCUACGUGCACACGUCUCCUAUUUCCUUUUGUACUCGCAAGUAACAAAGGAAAAGGAGAUAUCUGGGCGAAGGUCAACCUUGCGCUUGUCUUCGCCUAGCCUCCCAUGUAGGCGUUUUUAGGGAGCUCGUAUUUCGUACCUCCCCGCAGCUGUAUUUUGAUACAUUGAUACAAGUAAGUUAAUUGCUGCUUUUAGACUUACAAAAAUUCCUAAAAUAAAAGCAAAAUUUAUAAAUUAAACGAACCUUAACAUAAAAUACAGCUGUGGGGAGAAACGAAAUACGAGCUCCCUUAAUCCGCAAAACGCGGGAAAAAUAAAAUAUCCGUUUCUCCUCGCUCUUCGUCGCAGGGGACGUUUCUCCACGGAAAACUUCCCCAGCGGCUAAGAGCGAGGAGAAAGGGAUGUUUUCGCAGGCUAUGAAGAAACAGUAAAGUUUGGGUUUUAUUAACUGAUUGAGUAAAGACUGAAAAGGUAAACUUUCAAGGGCAAGCAGCAUCCUGUGGAACAGGUAUUACUUACAGUAUAUAUAUGACUUUGGCUUCGCGUUUGAAUGUUCGCUUACUUCAGGCCGAAGUCUUCAAUGAACGCAAACCUUCCACAAGUCCUAUGAAUGCAUGUCUGCAUGAUGGGAAGUUAAGCAUGCCGCGCCACGAGUGUCGUGUCAAGGGCAUAUUGAAAACAAAAUUAUAACCAACUGAGCUAGCAUACAAGAAUCUUAUAUUGCAUUGUUUUAAAACUAACUCUUUGUUUUACCUUAUUUCAGGAAAAAAUAAGAAGCGUGUUUAUCGACGCAAUUGUUCUAGCACAGUUUGCUAUACAGUGGAAGUGUGUUACCUUCGGUGCCUAG